AUGAGCAGCUCUAGACGCUCCUAACUUCUCCGGCGAACGGCGAAUCAGAUAUCACCAUGGGGAAAGUUCACGGAUCACUUGCUCGUGCUGGUAAAGUGAGGGGGCAAACUCCAAAAGUUGCCAAACAGGACAAGAAGAAGAAGCCUCGCGGCCGUGCUCACAAGAGGAUGCAAUACAACCGCAGAUUCGUCACAACAAUUGUUGAUUUCGGGAAGAAGAGGGGCCCGAACUCAUCCAAGAAGUAAAUGAAGAAAUGACUUUAUUUUUAGGUAAA